UCUCCAAUCAGUUUCCUUUACUCUCUCUCUCACUAUCAAUGGCCUCUUUCUCUCUCCUCCACUCCGCCACCUACUUUCCUUCCCACUCUGAAACCUCCCUUAAACCUCACUCCGCCGCCACAUUCACCGUACGAUGCGCCUCCCCAGCCACUUCUUCUCUCGACGAUCCGCAGAAACACCGCCGUUCCGCCGAUGAGAACAUCCGCGACGAGGCUCGUCGCCGUCCUCAACUCCAAAACCUCUCCGCUCGCUACGUCCCCUUCGACGCUCCACCGUCUUCCACCGAAUCCUACUCCCUCGACGAGAUCGUCUACCGUUCCCAAUCCGGCGGUCUCCUCGACGUCCACCACGAUUUCUCCGCCCUGAAACGCUACGACGGCGAAUUCUGGCGCAACCUCUUCGAUUCACGCGUCGGUAAAACCACUUGGCCGUAUGGAUCUGGCGUCUGGUCGAAAAAGGAGUGGGUUCUUCCCGAGAUCGACGACGACGACAUCGUCUCGGCUUUCGAAGGAAACUCUAAUCUCUUCUGGGCCGAGAGAUUCGGGAAACAUCACCUUCAGAUGAACGAUCUCUGGGUCAAACACUGUGGGAACAGCCACACGGGAUCUUUCAAAGAUCUAGGCAUGACGGUUCUCGUUUCUCAGGUGAAUCGUCUCCGGAAAAUGAACAAACCGGUUAUCGGAGUCGGAUGCGCCUCCACCGGUGAUACAUCCGCCGCGCUCUCCGCUUACUGCGCUGCCGCCGGAAUCCCUUCCAUCGUCUUCCUCCCGGCGGACAAAAUCUCGAUGGCUCAGCUCGUUCAGCCAAUCGCGAACGGAGCGUUUGUGCUCAGCAUCGACACCGAUUUCGACGGAUGUAUGCAUCUGAUCCGAGAAAUCACGGCGGAGCUUCCGAUCUACUUAGCCAACUCUCUCAACAGCCUCCGUCUCGAAGGUCAAAAGACGGCGGCGAUCGAGAUUCUUCAGCAGUUUAAUUGGGAAGUUCCUGAUUGGGUCAUCAUUCCCGGAGGAAACCUCGGUAACAUCUAUGCGUUUUACAAAGGGUUUCACAUGUGUAAAGAGUUAGGGCUUGUUGAUAGAAUCCCUAGGCUUGUUUGUGCUCAAGCUGCUAACGCAAAUCCGCUUUACCUGCACUAUAAAUCUGGGUAUAAAGACUUUAAUGCAUUGAAAGCAAACACGACGUUUGCUUCUGCGAUUCAGAUCGGUGAUCCUGUGUCCAUCGAUAGAGCUGUGUAUGCUUUGAAGAAAUCUAAUGGAAUUGUUGAGGAAGCUACGGAGGAAGAGCUGAUGGAUGCAACGGCUCUUGCGGAUUCGACUGGUAUGUUUAUAUGCCCACACACGGGUGUGGCAUUGACGGCUCUGAUGAAGCUGAGGGAAUCUGGAGUCAUCGAAGCUAAUGAUCGAACGGUGGUUGUGAGCACAGCUCAUGGAUUGAAGUUUACGCAGAGUAAGAUCGAUUAUCAUUCCAAGAACAUAAAGGAGAUGGCUUGUAGAUUGGCUAACCCACCAGUGAAGGUUAAGGCAGAGUUUGGUUCGGUCAUGGAUGUUCUCAAGGAGUAUCUUAAGAACAAUGAAUCCAAGUGUUGAAAAUGCUUUGUUUGUUUUGUUUCUUCCCCGAAAUAAUUAUUGUCUCUAGAUCAUAUCAUCAUCUUCCGAAAUACAGUAAUUCUUCCGAAGUAAUAAAAAGGAGCGUACUUAA